CUGCCGGGUGCGGGCACGAAAGGGUGUGGCGUCUACAUAGCUCCACACGCUGAUCGCCGAGCGCGGCAGGGGGCGAGCAGAGCAGGUCCCGCCUCCCCGGGCCCGCGUGCACACACACGCCCACCGCGGCUCGGGCUGGGAGCGCGGGCGAGUGUGAGCGCGAGUGUGCGCACGCCGCGGAGCCGCUCUGCCCGGUCCUCGCACCCUGCCCGGGGCAUCUGGAGAGCCUGGAGACGUGAACAGGCGUGAAGUAUGGCAUGUUGCAGAGAUGGGCUCUGUCACCAAGGUACCCGCGACCGUGUUGUCCUUCGGGGCCAGUCUCGCCCUCCUGCGCGUCCUGUGCCUGGCGACUUGUUUACACGAAUCCCCAGGACAGAACGAAAAGGAGGAGAAAUUGUGCCCGGAAAAUUUUACCCGCAUCCUGGACAGUUUGCUCGAUGGUUAUGACAACAGGCUGCGUCCUGGAUUUGGGGGUCCUGUUACGGAAGUGAAAACCGACAUCUACGUCACCAGCUUUGGCCCUGUCUCUGAUGUGGAAAUGGAGUACACAAUGGAUGUGUUCUUCAGACAGACGUGGAUUGACAAAAGACUGAAGUAUGAUGGCCCCAUUGAGAUUUUGAGACUGAACAAUAUGAUGGUGACGAAAGUAUGGACCCCUGACACUUUCUUCAGGAAUGGGAAGAAAUCUGUCUCACAUAACAUGACAGCCCCAAAUAAACUUUUUAGAAUUAUGAGAAAUGGAACUAUUUUAUACACAAUGAGACUCACCAUAAGUGCGGAGUGUCCCAUGAAAUUGGUGGAUUUCCCCAUGGACGGUCAUGCAUGCCCUUUGAAAUUUGGGAGUUAUGCGUAUCCGAAGAGCGAGAUGAUCUACACCUGGACGAAAGGGCCCGAGAAAUCGGUGGAAGUGCCCAAGGAGUCUUCCAGCUUGGUUCAGUAUGACCUGAUCGGGCAAACGGUGUCAAGUGAGACUAUCAAGUCGAUCACGGAGUGUGGAGAUGGUGGAGAAGAAGGAGUGAGCUUUCUGCUGAAGCCUCCUCAGGAGCUGUCUGAGGCCACUGUGAAGCAAGGAUGCUGGGUGGAAGAAGAGUGA